UGUCAAGGUAUAAAUUACCACAGGAGUUUUAAACUGUUUAUUUUACCAAAGACAAUCAGAUUGGAUAUUUUCAACAUACAAUUCCCUAUUCAGUAUUUUACAAAGCCAUGGACAGAGAGGACCAACGGCUGAUGUCCCUACGUCUUUCCCGGGUGCUUGAGGACAUCGGGGUGAACAAGUACAUAAUCGCCAGGAGAAGGAGGACGUGGCUUGGGAUCGAGCCAAUAUUAACAUUCACAGGUACAUGUAUAGGUAACAACAUCAAGUUCUUUCACUUUGGCAGCCAGAGCGAGGGGACUACAACCAUUGGGAUGAAAUCAGACAUUGAUACAUUGCUCUACGAUGAUGCAUUUCCUGUGAUAUUGGACUUGGGUGAGUGGAAGCAAGGGAAGUCUCAUCUUCUUGUAUUAAAGACAGAACAUUACCCACCCCAGCACUGCAGACUGCAGAUGGUGAGACCUGACCUUCCAUUACCUUGGAAACAUGUGGUGUUUCAAAGUGAUGUGCUAGACAGUGAAGGGAGGGUAUUGCGGACAAAUAGUCAAGUACAGUAUUAUAAAUCUAUAAUUAAGACUCCUUGUGUUUGACAUGAACUCUGUUCAGCACAAGACGUAUGUGUUAAUCAAAAUAAUUAGCAAGUCAUUUUUUAAGCCAGUAGUUGGAGAUCGGCUUAGCACUUUUCACAUCAAGACGGCCAUGUUAUUUACAAUAGAGACAUACCCACCAGGCAUAUGGAAGGAAUGUAACCUUGUACAGUGUGUUAUUUACUGUCUAAACACACUUAUAAGGUGGCUGAAGAUUAAGAAUUGUCCACACUACACCAUUUCGAACGUAAAUCUCUUCACUGGUAAGUUAUUUAAGCAUGAACUUAAAGUUAUCACAGAAAUGAUAAAUAGCAUGGUUACCUCUGACCUGCAGUGCAUUUAUGAAGUACAGAUGGACUCACUUGGUGCGAGAAUGUCAGCGCUGAUUUUACACCUUACGAACAGUGAAAAUAUGUCUAGGAAAAUGAUUAAUGAAAGUAUAUCCUUCGAGGUAGUAUCGCGAUAUCAUGGACGGUGCUAUGCAAGUACACAAGUACCAAUACAAAACCGUCAAAACCUCGAAUGGUAUCAAUACGUACAGGCCAAGUUUCAAGACAUCAUAACGUUAGUCAACAUAUCCGAGAGGGCAUCUGAUGUACAACACGAGUUAUUCUCUGUAAUUAUUCCUCAUCUACUUUGCACGUGUGCGUCAGUCCAAGCAUCCAGGUUUAUCCAACUCGGACUACCAAUCACACAGGACGUUCUUAACCUGUACAAACACUCCUUUGACUCUGACGUGUUGUCCAGCAGACUAAAGUUUGCAUCCAUGUUAUACUGCUGUGGGCAGUAUGAAGCAGCAAAAAACAGUCUUUCCUACUGUGAGGGACUGUUGGGGCCUUUAAUGUUGCAAUGUUGUGCUUGUUCAGGAAGGGCAACAAUAAUACCAAAUGGUAUCUUUCUGGAAUAUGCCUUAAAUCGAUCUAACAUAGAAAUUUUAACAAAACACAUGUGUAACUGUAUUCAUUUCACAAGAUACGAAACAUAUUGUAUCCCUGAGUUCUUGGUGUAUGAAAUGUUUAAAACAUUAAGCGAUGCGGACAGACAAGAGCGACAUCCAGCAGUUGCCUAUGGGUGGAUGGACCUGGCCGUAGUCGACUGUGAACCUUUCCUCCACUACCUCCAGUUUCGCACAUACCGACAACUUGGUCAGCAUAACAGAGCAAUGGAAAAGCUGCGGAAACUCGACAGGUACUUAGGGGAACACAUACAGGAAGACAUAGGUCAUGGUCACAUUGACACUUGGCGCUUAAUCUGCUCGGUCACUGUUGUGAACAGAUGGACUGGCUGGAUCGGGCCUUGAUCUGUUACAAGAAAUCGCUGCAACUCUAUCCCAGAAACAAUGCAGCCAACUGGCAUAUAGCAAGACUACUGCAUCAACGACUUAAUAACUGGCUUAACUUAAGUCAGCAAUAUGAUUGAACUGCAUCUCAGCUUGGAAACGAUUGGAACAAAUCCCAUUUUAUAUCUGUUCUUUUAAUUUUGAUACUACAAUCUCUAUCAUAACAUAAUCAUGAAUAAAGAAAUAAAGUUCAUGUUUGAAAGAAAUUUCCAUAACCAAAUAAAUGUAACA